AUGGCGACGUUUGAAAAAAUCGAAAAUGAAUUAAAGAAGGCUUCAAAAAAACAUGCAUGGCCUGUGGAUGAUGAUUAUAUUAAUAUAGAAAAGCCUACGCCGCCUAGUUUAGAUUAUACUGGUGAUGGUAUUGGAGCAUACAAAAAACGUGUUUGA